GGAGGAACCGCUGAGAACGAACGGGCAAUUAGGGCUAGAUUACCAUUGCUGCUACAGGAAAUGUUGAAGAACCUGCUAUAUUCUCGAUUUGAACUAGAGUAUGAGAGUUCCGAUGUGAAAGCAGUUGGACAUGUGCCCACCUCGCCCUCUCCCUUGAGCUCCUUAGUUGUUCGAGCAUUGCUGCCAUUGAUGGAAAACCAGUACGCCCCAGUCUUGAAGGGUUGUAACGGAGAGGGAACACUGAUGACUGGGAAACCCUGGAAGUAGAAACAGGUUGAGGCCUGAAACAGCUUAGAUCAAUUGCUCGCGUUGUUGUUUGCAUCGCAGGAGAAGAAUUUCUCAGUUGUUUUGAAGGCGAGGAGAUAUGAUCACUCCAAAAGUAGUUACCAUUGUCCUGUGGGUUGCUCUUUCAGUCUUCACACUUCAAACAGCGCGGCUUGCAUCGGCGCAGGAAUGCCCAUUCGUGCUCACGCCAGGAGCUGUGCUGCCAAAUUACACGUAUGACUAUAAAUCGGCUCCAUUCGUUGCUUUAUACGGUCGGCUUGACAAGAUAGUCGCAGAAUUUACUGCAAACAACUCUCUCGUCAAUUACGCUGUUGCUGUAGUUCACAGAAAUCAAACAAUCUACAGCUCUGGUCAGACUUCCACUCCAUUCCGAGUCGCGUCUAUCACGAAAACAAUAACGUCUCUGGGAGCUUUGAUGCUGCGUGAUCAAGGACUGCUCAAACUCGACGACCCCGUCAAUAAAUAUCUUCCUGGGUUCUCUAUCAUCAAUCCAUGGGGAGAACACAACACGACGAUUCGAGAGCUCAUGGCACACACUGCCGGCAUCCCCCUAACGUUGUGUCCUUUUCUCCAUACUUGCACAGAUGUCGAAUCGGAGAUUCUGCAGCAGAUAUCGGGUAUGGAGCUGGUUCGACCUCCUUGGAGCCGCGAACCCGUCUACUCCAACUUGGGUAUUUCUAUCCUUGGCCACACUUGGGAGAAGGCUACAAGUCCUUCCAUGACAUGGGCGGAGUUCGUACAGGAGAAGAUUUUGAAGCCACUGGAUAUGACUGCGUCAGGGGUGAAUCUCAAUAACGUUGUUUUGGCUGACAACGCGAACCCUUUUGCAAGGCAGGACCUUGGGUGGAGCGCACCAGCAGCACAAAUGUACUCUACUGUGGACGACCUUGCCAAGUAUCUGGUGUUCUUAUUGAAUGGUAAACCUGGAUUGAUAUCCAAGUCAUCUAUACGAGAGUGGAUUCGGCCCACUAAAACUUUUGCAGACGGGAAGGCAGCUUACGGAAUGCCAUGGGAGCUGCGCAAGCUGGAGAAUCAAACUGACUUCAUAAUUGCCAAAGCCGGCGACAUAAACGGUUACAGAACACAGCUCGCCAUCUACCCUCCCAGUGAGCUUGGGAUUGCUGUGACAACUGUAUACACCCUGCCGUUUUUACCAGGCCCUGAGAGACUAGCUGAUGAUUUUUUCAACCUCCUCAUUCCAGGAUUGCAAGAAAUAAAUCAGCAAGUUCUAACAGACACCUAUGCAGGUGUCUAUAAUUGUGUGCGCACCUUGCCCAUCAAAAGUCCGACUCGGAAUGUUACCGUCCAAGUUCUAGGUGGCACGAUCACCGUGGAAGUGAACGCCACGUUUGGCCUUCUGGCCACCUUGGAGGUUCCGUUGAUUAACGACGGUGUUCGGUCUGUAGCUGGCGGUGUUCUGUCUUUACUCCUCAAAGAUGCAACCAGAAAUUCCUUUUUCUUCGGCAGUGGGCCGUGCAUAUGGUUCGUUGGUGGCAUCAGUGCCACUCCAGACCUCACCUCUCCGAAUUCUCCUGACAGCGUCUACAACGAAGAAUUCAUAUUUGAUCUGCAAACGAAGUCGAUCUCCUGGCCUGCUGUGGGUGCACAAUGUACAAUAUCGGCUUGAACAGUGAUCCACCGAAAUGCAUUGUCUCUCCUGUGAAGCCUUUCCAGUUUAGGAUUUGGGCCUAAAGAACUCGUGAGUUCUACUGAUACCAACUGUUCUGUUCUCAGCAGUUGUGGGGCCGAGGGGUGUUUAUGAUAGAUGAAAGUCGGCUGUUUCGUCUGCAUUUUUGUAGAACUUAAUGAAAGACAAAUCCCGUGCAAGGAAGCAAAUGACAUCCAUCCCUCGUACAUUUACAUGAAAGAGGGGUCAUUUGCACUAGUAUGGUUUGAAAAAACAGGGUAGUGAUUGAAGCCCUUUAGUUUGUAGUCAGUUUGUUAUAUAGGCAUGCCGGUAUAGAUCUUGGUCACGGAGAAGUUCACAUAAUAUGUGAGUGGUGGAGAAUGUAUUUUUUCAGAUCGAGCCAAUUACCACAAAUACGUAUGUCUUUGAGACCCGAUACAACCACUGAGACUAAGUAAUCGUGACUGGUAUCUAUCCACCCGAUAAAAGCUAAGUUUUAAGAGUUUUC